CUCCUUGCUAUUCGUCUUCAACGAGCAAUUAGAGAGAAAAAGAUUUCAGAAGCAAAGAAGCUAUUGGAGGAAAAACCUGACAUACACCACAAAGAUAAGAUUGGGUGCCAAUGUUUACAUUAUGCAGCACAAGAAGGCCUUAUUGAAAUUGUUAACCUACUUCUGGAGGCGGGAGCGCAUGUCAACUGUUUUGAUCACAAUGGACAGUCUCCCUUACAUAAAGCUUCAGCCCGGGGUCACUUAGACGUAGUUAUUACCCUGGUAGCUAAUGGUGCUCAAGUGGCUUCAUUAGACUGGGAUAACCACACUCCAUUUGAAAAGGCCGUCCUCUCCCGCUCCGUAGAGGUUGUAGAGUGGUUACUUACGUUUGGUGCAGAACCAAACUUACAGGACUGGACAUGGGUCAUGGAUAUGAAAGAAAAGGAGAAGAAAAUUCAAGAACUUAUAACAAACCAUAUCCCUCUUGUCCCCGGAUACAAAUAUGAGGGAAUAAAAUUUGAAGUUGUGUAUGUGAAACCUAACGAGGAUUGUGUUAUGGAGAAAUUGAAGUUAACACUGAAAGCAAUGGAUGCACGGAAUCCCUUUAUAUUUUUCUGUCGAAAAAUGCAAUCAGAAUACACAGAACUUAAAUCACUCCUACACGAGGAGCAAAUACCAUACAGUGACAUGUUUGAAAUUCGACAAUGGGGAGUAACUCGUAAAACAUUCACUUUGUCAUUAAUUGUUGAAGGAGUUCCUAAAUGUAACGAACAUUUAUCCGUUAUUUCACCUCACGGCCAGAUCGGACGAGUGGAUAACUUCGUCAAGAAUGAAGACGAAAAUACAACAGAAGUGCUUAUUACAAUAAAAAUGAAUCCCAAGGGAUCUACACAGUUUGCAAUCGUAAGUGUCUUCAAGAAAGAGACGUUUGCAAUAUCACAGGAAGAGGUCGUCAUCCAACCGACCUCUGAGCCUGAGGCAGAAAUCGAAAUUCCAAAGGGAACGUUCGAAAAAGCGGCCGAGCUUCAACUUAAUGUGGUUGACACAAAAGAUGUGAACGAGGACGAGGUCGAUGAGACUGGGCCUCUUCUGAUGACAAAUGUAAUCGAUAUGUCGAUGAGCGAUGGACAGCAACCAAAAGAGGAGAUUGUGAUGAAACUACCCAUCCACCAGAAAGGCGGGGAGGAAGACGAGAUGUGUGUUUUGGCCACUUCAGAAGAAGACCCAGAUGACGCGGAUGAUUGGGAGAUUAUUGAAGCUCAGAGAGAUCCAAAAGGAAGAGCUGCUGUUUUCAGGAUAAAACAUUUCUCGAUCUAUGCUGGGGCUAGCAAGAAAAAAGCGUUGGAGGAUAAACAAGAACUUGUUGAAGCCAUCCAGCGUUCCAUUCAGAAGAAACGGAAAGUGGAAUUUCUAGUUUUUACGCGUCUGGAGCAAGAAAGAGGAAAAUUUCAAUUCAUCCUUGAGUGUUGGACCACCAAAAGGCUAAAAAAGGGAAAAUCGAAAUGGGAGAGUGAGGAAGGCUGUGAAUCUGUGACUGGCCUAGAUGGAACCUUUGUCAUUGACGAAAAUCAGACUUUUAAGUUGUUGUUUAAAGGGAACUGCAGGAAAAUCUCCAGUGAGACAAGUGGAAGUAAAGAUGAUGAAGAAGAAGAAGACGACGAAAAAGACGAUGAAAAGGACGAUAAAAACACUGAUUAUGAGGGAGAUGACACGGUUGCUUUAGAUUUUAUCGGCAAAAAAGGUUACGCUUACACCGUCGUCGAUAUGAUUGUUCUGAAUACCAACAAACCAAAUGGAUUGGUGACAAUUGAAAAAGAGAACCGCUCCAUUGAGAAGGUAGAAGAAACCAAGAUUGAACCCGGAGGACUCUGUGGAGCAAAGGAACGAAAAGAAAUAGUUGACAGAGUGAAAGUCGAGUUUGAGAAGCUCAUAGAGUUUCCGCUAGGAG